UUUAUUUUGUACAUUUGUAUUAUUCUCACGAUAUUUUUUUUUAUAGUGCUCAUUUUAUUUGUCUAGCAAACUGACGGAAUAAUGAGAUUUAGCAUAUUGUUAGCGACAGCUUUCUUGCUCGGAUUUUGUAUGCUUACAUCUGGCUUGGUUUGCAUGAUUCGAGGGUUGGAACUAUACCAAAAGGAGGAGGCACAUAAUGCAAUAAUACGAUUCCUAUUAGGCUGUGUGUUACUAUUGUUCGGACCAGUCGUCAUAGCUGUGGAGGAAGCCCUGGAGUGUCCAAGAUCACCAAGUACUCCUAAACGAGGGAGGAAGAGACCAGGAGCCUCCCUGCGGCAACGGUCACAGAAUGGGCCCUCCAGACAACGGCGACGCUACAUUUAGAUAGCAAGGGUACUUCGUCCCACGCACGGUCCCAAAG